AUGCCUGUACGAGCUCUUCAUCGUGCUGCUCUGCGAAGGAACAUAUCUAUUGAAGACGACGCCUUUGAAAAUAUGACGUUCAGAGAUAUCCCCAUACUGUUAGAAACGCUGAAUGAAUAUCUGAACAGCCCCAGUGAAAACAAACAGCGGGAAUUUCCAGAGAUCUUUCAAAUAGCAACCGGACACGAGACCGAGUCAUGUCCCGUCAGUGGAUCAACUUUGACGCCGGUUUCUGGAGUCCUUUCAGGGAGCAUACGUUCUCUUUUUUCAUCCGUAACAGAGUGUCUGUCGCUUCUUGGUCCGGGAGGUGAGGCUUGGUGUCUGGCCAUGGACAUACUUUGUGUUCUAACGACCUGCUUCCCGGACGAAUCCUGCAACCAGAGAGUUUACGACCUACUGAUGGAACAGCUGAAGACGUUGCCGGAUAACCCGUUUGCAGUGGUGUCUUUCACAUUUCUGCUUUUCAACCUGGAAAGAAAUGAGCCUUGGAGGCGUAAAUUGAGCACCACCACCAAAGCACGAUUCCGACUGAUCUGUCGAUCGCACGAUGAACUUAUAACGGCAGUAGUGGGAAAUUCUCUUACGGACAGGAGACAGACUCAACGUGGAUGGCGCUACGCAAUCAGUUUACUCGCUAGUCUCACAGUUGGUGACUUUGACGCCCUAAGUUCAAAAGAAAGCUCGGAUGUGAUCUCUGAUGGAAUUAGUUACCGAACGCCAACCUAUCUACCGAAGUCUUUCUAUCGUAUUCUUCAAGAUUAUCUGAGUGAGGCAAUCCAGUCAUACCCGGUCUUCCCUACUGGUGAAAUACAGUCGGAUGAAGAUGGUACAGUAUCUCUGUUACUAAUUGUCAAAUGUCUGUUAUCCUGGAGGGCAACACAAAACAAGUUCGCGGAAAUAUCAAGUCCUGCCAUUCUGAAGCUACUUGCCUAUUUAAUGCAGAUAUUGGAACGCAUGGGAUUACAUUCACUCGAAGCUGAGGAUUUGAGUUCUAUUCUUGCACUGUUCAGGUUUGCGGCCGUACGACGGUACAGUCAGCGUCUUUUGAAGAUGCUUGCCAAAAUCUCAAAGACAGGGUCUUCCAAACUGUCUCCUAUACCAAACAGUGGUUAUUGGUUUGAAUUCGCUCGUCCGACAGACAGUAUCCUGAUUUUCCCUCUAUUUCCUGAACCUGAAGGCAAGGAAGAAUCGUCACCACUGGACCACAUAUCGAGUUUUAAAACUUCCAAAUCAGGCCUUAGUUUCCACUUUUGGUUAUCAGUCGAACACGCAUUGAAAUCAGCCAAUCCUGGACUGUCGGACAGCACCAUUCAAACCAAUAAGAGGUACUGCCUGCUUCGAAUGCUCGAGACCAGUGGAAGCGGGUUGGAAAUAUUUUUCACCGCAGCUGGGUAUCUGAUAAUUGCAGUGGCAAACGAAGGAGAAUAUCAAUAUAUGCCGAUGUCCAAGCGGCCGAGUCCUUUGCAGUUGGUCGGUGGGGCGACGCUGUGGUACAGGAAUUUCGUAGUUCCUGGCACCCUGGUUUGUGGCCCUGAAAAUCUUCCUGCUCUUCAGUGGCAUUCACUAGCCAUUGUGUUCUCGCACAUUCGUAAAAUGGUUUUCACGCGACAAUAUGUGAGUAUCAUUGUGAACGGAAGUCGGUGUUUUUCGGCCGAAUUCAAGCUACCGCAGUUUAACGGGGACCUCUGUAUCUUCCACGUUGGUGGUUGUCCAGAAUGGGUUGAGCGGGUUCACUACGUGAAGCUCAUGAAAAAUGUUGGCUGCAAAACUCCAGUUAGGCAGGUGGCUGCAAAAUUUUUCUCCCGAAAAAUUAGCUUAAAAUCUGCAGCGCCGAACGAAAUUUUGGACAAAAAUUCUUCCAACUUGAAUCAUCUAACCGAAUUGAAUAUUGGAACGGCGAUGAAAGUGAAUUUGGGUGAGGAGUACGUCACAUGGGGUACUCUCACGUCGUUUCUUGGUCAAAUAGCUUCGGUGACAAUUUUCGAUGACGCGAUUCCCGAUGCGACGUGGCAGACGAUUACCAAACGAGGCCCAUGUGACUUGACGUACAUUUUGGACUCGGAAUGCUACGUGAACUCUCCUACCCUGCUCUUGCACUAUCACGCAAAAGCAGUCGACUUACAAAAUUCCAUUUGCUCGGAUCUGUUUGGGGAGGCCACAGCUGCUCCAUCGGUGUUUCGAAGCCUUGAGAAACUAAGUCAGAUUAACACAAAGGAUGAUCGAAGUUCAAGGAUGGGGUGGAAUUUUCAUACGGCGUACAAGAUGAAGUCAUUCUGCGGCAUUCCUGGCACACUUGUUGGAGCACGCAGGCUUAGUUCGACGAAAAUGUUGGAUUCCAUCAAUCAAAUUGGUGGUAUACCUGCCUUGUUUCCAAUAUUAGGACUCAUGUCAGAACAUUCUGUUACGAGUGACAAAACCAGUUCUCUUUCCGUCGAUGCUCAAAACUUCAAUGGAGAGACUGUGAGAACUACCGCUAAUGCAACUGAACAGGAACCGUCAGUUGACUCACACAAUGGGGGAUUCAAUCAAGACGAUCUAUUGGAGACCUCACUUAGUCGAUACAAGUUUCAUCUUCAGCUGUAUGAGCGGUUUCGUCCUCAACAAUCCACCGGUUCAUCUGUCACAGUGAAGAUUUCACCACCACCAACUGAUCCAAACGAAUCAUCCUCCACCGGGUCCGGGGGUCAUGUUCAAAUCCAGGCUUUGACUGAACCGGAGAUAUUGAAGCUAUCAGUCGUGACGAAAGAUUACAGUAUCAAGUUUUCGCCCCACAUAAUUGAUAGUCCAAAGUCAUUUCACAGCUGUGUCGGCACAUUUAUAUUGCUGCUGCGCAACCUCAUCAGCGAUCAUUUACAGAAUCGGCGUCAUUUGUGCCUCUCUAGAGUGCUUCAAACGUUGGGAUAUCUGUUAUGGAAGCUUCCACCACUUCGACUUGACUCGGGCGUCGUUUCAGCUUGCUACGACUUGGUUCUUCAAACGACUGUAUUCCACGAUAGCAAAGUCAUCAGUUCUGAUGCAGCCACUGAACCGGUGGAUGAACAGAUCGGAGGCGUGGUACGCAGGCUUGACGUUCGGUUCUUGCAGCGAAUCUUUCUAAAUUGGAACAUUUGGGAGCAAGCAACUCCUAUCGCCAGGUUUGAGCAUAUCUUAUGUGUUCUGAAUCUGGCCAAGCGACAUCAACGGCUGUUCAAGAAACUGUUACCCGUGAAGAAACUACUUGAAAUUUUAGAACACUGUUAUAGUGACGAAAUCAACGGCCUUGAGAGGAAUUCAAGUCUUUUCGAUUUUACUCAGUCAUCAGGACAAUCAGUUCCAAAUCUGAGUUCCGAAUCUGUGGUUGAUGAGAGAUUAUUGGAAACGGAACAAAAAAUAAUCCAACAGACUUGUUAUCAGGUGCUUCAGCUUACAGAACUUCUUCUGCAUAAGACGAUCACACUGACCGACUUGCGAGAAAUGUUUAUUUUUAUGUGUAACUCCACAAGCAGUUCUGCGGUUGAAGCAACACUGGAUCUUCUCUUUCGUAUGUACGAACAGUCGGGACCAAAUAGCAAGCUGGCGCAGUAUCUUUACGAGCCAGGGACAAGUGUUAAUUUGUACACCCUCUUUCUGAGACCGCUGACGGAAGUGAAUGAGAGUUCGAAGAAGAAAGCCCUGAAGCUGUUGAAUCUACUAGUGUUAAACAGUCGGAUUUCGGAAGCAAAGAAGUCUCAAUUAAUUUUGGAACAGUUUGGCGGACUGACUGGUCUUUUCUCCUUCAGUGAACAAUUCCCUCAAUUACUGGUAGAUCCGGAAUCGAUCAACUGGUUUUUACAGAUUUUUGACCGAUUGGGCUCACGUGACUUUAGAGGUUUCCUGCAAUUCAUUGAACUGAUGUCAGAGCAAGACUUGAUGCAAAGGAUCAAGGUUAUCGAGCUGUUCCUCAAACUGAUUGAUCAAGCACCGGAGAAUCACGCACAACAAAUUCUUCGAAUUCCAGCCUUCUUCGAUUCGAUAAUUAAGCUACUGGUCCUCAGGAAGCGUUGCACUCCACUUGCCAGCUGUCGCGUGACUGCAUCCCGUUUUGGACUCAUACGGAAGCCAGUAGCUCAAGUGGAAAGACGUUUGUGUAAAACGGAAAGCACUAUCGGACAACCGGACACAGCAAAUACUCAACUUGAUGAUGAACCCUCUGAUCAGCCGAAUGCUAAGGAAGUCUCCGAAAGGUUUCAUUCUCGACAUUUUUACCGACGAAUUGGUUCGUCAGGUUUGAUGGAGCAGGUUAUGUCUCCGCCGUUAACCAGAAUGCGCUUGACUAGUCAGUCAAACAGCCUUCAUCGUGACAUACGUCCAGAGGACUCGUUUUCUGAAGGUGCAGCUUACUCCGGUGAGUGCGUCACACCCGUGGCUGACUCGCAGCCUUUGUUGACCAGGGAUGCGAUGCAGUCUACCAUGUUGGCUGAGCUUGUAUUGCUGGCAAUGCACAAAAUAAUCUGGCAGGCUCAUGAAGUUGACCGACGCUUGUCCAGAUUUUUGACGCAACUUCCAGACCCGUGGGCUACUUAUGAACAAGCAAUAGCUUUCCUCCGUGACACCAAUCAAACAUGGGAAAUGGUCAAGCCAUAUUUCUGGAUGAUCCAGCGAUUUCUACGAAUGAUUUUGAACUCUGUGCAACAGGGAGUCGGCGCAUUAUUGCCCCUAUCUGGAGAAAACGAAACCAUUCGUGCUUUCGUGUUUCCUCUUAUGCGGUUGGUAGUCGAUUUAACGUGCAGUCGGCCGAAGUCAAUGGAUGACGAUUAUAGUGUUGAGCUUUUGGACACGAUUAUACAACUGACACAGGAAACCUUGGAGGUUUGGGAAGCGAAGAAACCGUGGGAAGACAUGGAGGUCCUCGUGCUGCAUUUACUAUUGAUGUGGAUCAACGAAGGAACAUCAUUCAAGUGCAUCAAUAUUCUCCCCAAUGCCCUAACUCGACUACACUACAUUAUAGAUCGAUAUCCUGAUAGGAUGACCUUCCAGAAGCUUGGAUUCAUCCUCUAUCGCUUGAAUCACACCAUCGAUUACUGGGCACGCCUGAGUGACUUGGAAGUACUGGUCAAAGCAGCAGCCAGAGAGGACUUGAAGAACAGUGGGCGUCAGUUAGAAUCGGAAAAUACUGAAGUAACACCUUCAGGUUGUCCGGAUGACCUAACGCUCACAAGUGCGGCUCCAGUCUUAUAUACGUUGUUAAAAAAUUUCGGAGAAGUUCUCUGUUUACCCGACGGAUUUUGUCAGUAUUGUAUCGAAGGUUUUGACCUUUGUAACAGAAUUCAAUCUUAUAAAAAAGAGCACGAAGAAGAAUGGACGGAAUACAUUGAAAAUCGGCUUAGACCAGUUGUCGAAGCGUAUACAACACAGUACAUCAUGAAUAUCAUAUCUGAACAGACCAUUCUGUGUGCACUGGCAAACGAUGAGCUCAUUAAAUCUCGGCGCUAUCGACGCUUCAGCGAAGACAAGUUAGCAAUGGAAUUGUCACAAAAUUUGCCCGUGGUUUGUGAAUACAAAACCCAAACACCUGACUCGCGGUACAAGUCCGAGAAUGCCAGUGCGUCAACUACAGAAAGUUCUCUGGGUGAUCAAACUGAUUCUGUCUCGCCUGGAUUCAGACACAAGCUAGUGGCUUUGUCUGGAAGAUGGGGAGAAAGGAGCUCAUCUUUGUGGGAAAUCGAAUCACUCAAAGAGCAGACGUAUAACCUGCCUUCUGACGACUGUCGAGUGAACUAUUCGAAAUGGCUAUCAAUUCUCUAUCAGCUUACUUGCGUUUCUCCUUAUUCACCAUGGUUCACAGGAUUCGGUACAAUAAGCCAUUGGCGCUUGGCCCAACUGGAAACCUCGUGUCGUGUUCGCCCGAAAUUGGAACCAAAUGUUUACUUCGACCCACAUCUUAGCGCUAGCUCAGCACGCGACGGGUUGAGCAUAGAAGAACUGUUGACACGUGGAAAACGACUAUCCAGAACCUCUAUUGUGGCCGUGGAAAUAAGUUGCGAUGAUUCCGAAUUAAUUAAUUCGUCAACAACAGGAGCGGUGGACGAGCUGUGUGAGAAGCAUUUACAUUCUCCAGAUCAGUGGAACAAAGUGAUGCGUGCCAUUUCAGUUCAACGACGGCUGAACCACAUUUUGGCUCAGUAUGCUUCUAAGGUCUCUAGAGGGGACGACGAAGUUGGUGAAGAAGACUGGGAAGCACUUAGCACUACAAGACUGUCCGAAGAUUACACUCCAGGCUCGGAACUACAGUCAGUCGAGUCUGUUACGAAUCGUGCAAAAGUGUCCGAAGAUUUUCAAGCGCAAGCAAUUCGUAAAGAGACUCGCAGGCAUGCUGUCUUCGAGUUGCCACCCGACUUGUUAGACUCUGAACGCCUCAAACGGGAUUCAGACGUAAGCUCGGAGUCAGGUAUCUCUUCUUUGCACAAACCCUCGCUGUCACUUUAUACUCCAAGAGGGUCGACAACGCUCACAUCAGGUGCCCGAGUCCCAUCACAGCCACAUUUUGCAGCACCUCAAGGAUCCCCAUCUCUGCUUCCAUCCAAGAAGGAUAUAGUAAUUGGUGUGGAAGCCCAGUUGGUUACUGCCCUGGAUGUGAUUGCUGGGAAAUUUAUAGCUACGAAAACGUACGUGCUGUUUGAGGGAUUCGCAACUUAUCAAGGUCAACCCCAAGUCCUAUGGCAGCUGAACAACCCCAACGGCCAGACGUUUGUUGCCAUAGCAUCGCAACCUACAAAUGACAAAUAUCUUCCCAGUCCACAGUCGGAAGGGGGUUCAAAACUCGUAAGAUGUGCGUUUCCAAUUUCCAAAGUACGGGAAAUUCACUUGCGUCGAUACAACCUACGUCGAUCAGCGAUCGAGAUAUUUCUUCUGACCAACCUGAAUUAUAUGUUCAACUUUGAUGUGAAGGUACGAAACAAAGUAUUUUGUGGCUUGGUCAAGCUUUGCUCACCAAAGCAAAAUGUGUCAAGUGGUCGAUCACCUCGUGAAGUGUUCGAAUCUUCUGGACUGGCUCAAAGAUGGAUACAACGAGAAAUUUCCAACUACGAGUACCUGAUGUGCCUGAACACCAUUGCCGGUCGAACCUUCAACGAUCUAAAUCAGUAUCCCGUUUUCCCCUGGAUCCUCGCGGAUUAUACGUCAUCGGAACUAGAUCUGAGUGACCCCAAUGUGUUCCGCGAUCUAUCGCGUCCAAUCGCACUGGCAAAUCCACGGUUUAUCGAUCAAGUGCGGAUGAAGUACGAAUCGUUUGAGGAUCCAGGAGGAACAAUCCCGAAGUUUCAUCACGGCACACAUUACUCCAGCGCUGCUGGAGUACUUCACUAUUUGUUUCGACUGGAACCGUACACUUCCUUCCAUGUGGAUCUACAUGGGGGUCGGUUUGAUCUCCCGGAUCGUCAGUUUCAUUCAAUACCCAAGUGCUGGCGCUUUAUCAUGAGCAGCCCGAACGACAACAAAGAGUUGAUCCCUGAAUUCUUUACGCUGCCUGACUUUUUACGAAAUAAUGAUGCUUUGGAUUUUGGAGCUUCUCAAAACCACAGCCACAACAUUGGUGACGUUGAACUGCCAGCUUGGGCUUCAGAUCCUGAAGAAUUUAUUCGGAAACAUCGCGCGGCUUUGGAGUCAGACUACGUCUCAUCCCAUUUGCACGAAUGGAUUGAUCUUAUAUUUGGUUACAAGCAAAACGGUCCUGAUGCUGUUGAUGCGUUGAACGUGUUUUACUAUGCAACGUAUGAAGGGGCGGUCGAUUUGGACCAGAUACCAGACCCACUGGAACGUCAAGCCAUGGAAAGUAUGAUAAACAAUUUCGGUCAAACACCUUGUCAGCUGCUCAAAAAUCCACACCCCAAACGACUUACCUACAACGCUUGGCUUCAAGUUGUAUUGGACGAACAAAGGAUUCCCCUUACCAGUCUGCUAGCAGCCAACUACAACGACUCACAGCAAAGAUUCACCGGUGAUCGGCACGUGAGUGCUGUAAACUUUGAUCAGACCAACCAGAAUGAAGGACCUGAAGAUACUGCCGAGGGUGAGUUCGGAGGUAGAACACUUUCAGCAAUAUCAGGAGGGGCAACUGUGGCUACUGAGGAAGAGACAUCUCAGACGCUGGGGGUUCGAAAAAGUGACAUCCCCCUUUCCAACAAGUUAUGGAGCUUUCCAUGUGAUCCAGACUCACGAUGGAGCAAUGUAAAAUUUGGCAUAUUUUGUCGUCUAUAUCCACUGGGUCACAGGAAGAAGUCCGAUGCGAAACCUGAAAGUCUUAUCGUGUGUUUGGCUGUAAUUCCAGCGGCACGGAUUCCUUCAGAUUAUAACCCCAACGAAGAAAACCGAGACCGGAUAACAAGGUCGAUACCUCGCCUGCCAGAUGCGAUACCCAUUCCGCUUUCCACACGACGCCUAACUAGCUUCGGAAGUCAAACACUGAUGGUAGAGGAUGACGAGGUUCUAAAUACACCGAACAGAUGGGAUCGCCUGGUAUCUUUAUUGCUAGCAAUCGAUGAAUGCGGCAUCAUCAGCAGGUACUUGUGGCGCCCUAGUCGGCUGAGAAACCUACCGCCUACUACAAGGUGUUCACUCCAACCACUGGACUUAUUCCAGUUGCAGCUUAGCAGUAAAAACCUACUACAUCGAUCACUAUGCGGUGUUGGACCGAUAGAUCGCAAUCUUCUUUGGGUCAAACACAAACAGACUGCGGAUUGCUGCGUGUCAACCGCAAACCAAGCUUCGUCAAUGAUUUCCCCUCUAGUUGGAUCCAAGCUGUUUGUCACGAGCGCUGACGGGUGUUGGUUGUUCGCUGCAGGGAGGUGGGAUAAUCGGCUCGCAGUAUACAACGUCAAAAAAUCCCGCCUCGAAACUUUGCUUGUUAGUCCACACACGAACACAAUCAGCUGUCUGGCAAUCGAUACAGUGGAUGGCCUGGCAGAUGUCAGUAGCUUUGUUGUCCGCCCUGAUCCCGCAUUCGGAAGAGCUUCUACGACUGCAAGCUCAGCACAGAACGCUUCUGCCACAUCAACAGGCCAGACGUUCAGCUCAUGUGUGGUGGAUCGACAAAUGUCCACACGAUUUUUGAUAACGGGAAGUAAAGAUGGAACUUGUGCCGUCUGGCUCUUUUGCCCUCCCAACGACAUCGAUACCGAGGCAGCACAGGAAGAGCUGUUAGCAGAUUUCGACAGCACCGAGCUUUCUUAUCCACAGGAUCUUUUAGCCUGCAAUGAGGAAGAAGAUAUGAGGGCUUUCAAAUUGCAUAAAGCUACAGCCGAAGGUCCGCUGGAUCCGCUAUUAAACUUGAAUCUAUUUCCUAUGCCGGAAGGAGUUGAAGAACAUCAAAUACACUCUGAAGAAACCUUUGGGUGCACAACAGCUGACAAACAGCCGUUCGCUCAGGCAAACCUACCAUCCUUCUGGCGCUCGCAUCGAGAGUUCGUACAAUUACAAGCUGCACGAUCACUUCCGGGCGACAUGACAUCCGUAUAUCAUAGAGUUGGGCUCCCCUACUUCCCUACCCUCUUGGGAUUACCGCAAACCAAACCUCUGGCGAAGUUGGUUCGGCUGUUCUACACUGAUUUCACCGGAGCCGCGGUAACUGCAGUCGCGCUGUGCAUGAAUUUGGACGUAGCCUUGGCAGCAACACGUCGUGGUCAAUUAGUCUACCUGUAUUCCGUACGACGCUCCAGCUGGUCAAGGGUUGUGUCGUUUGACCCAGCUGACACAGUCUCAGAUUUAUUUGACACCUCGGCAGAAGAAUGGGAGAAGAAAACACAGAAAUUUUCCUCCGGAAACUAUCGGGCGGAACACAUGUUGAUCUCAGCCCAGACCGGCUACAUCUAUCUACAAUGGAACCAAACCUCGUUUGAUCGAAAUUUGGCUAAAGCUGGUGAGGCUACAGCAGGACAACUAGGUCCUUGGGUAGGACUUUUCAGAACUCACGGUGAACUGAUAACUCGUCAGUACGUUCUGUCCGCGUCUUCCGAUUUCAGUGAAUUACCAGAUAAGAAAAAGGUUAACACUAUAGUGACGCGAAUCAUGCUUACUUCGAACUUAACUCCGACACAAAUGAAGGGUGACUCAGACUUCGCCUCCUGCCCAACUCAACACUUAAUCGUAGGGACAAGUAGUGGUCACCUAGUUAUUAUGUCAGCCACUAGCCUGGCUCCGAUUCGGUGCUUAGAUAUGAAGAGUUCCGUGUUGGAUUUCCGCUUUAGUUGCACUUUCACGCGGAGCGGAAAUCUGUUUGACGGCAUACAUUUGUUUGUAUCGCUGGCAGAUGGGCGUUUGAUCACAUGCCAGCCAGGGUUUGUGAACAUACAGGAAGAGAAAGAGGUAGAACACGACAGUAUUGUGGUGGUUACCUUUCAAGGACCAGAAAUGUAA